GUUGACAACGACUAUCAGCAAUGGCAGCUUCAAGUUCCAGGGCACAACCGCCUAAAGACACCACCAAAACGCUCACUAUUACCCUGUCUGCACGAGCGCUGUUCGACCUGGAAGAGGAGGACAAGUUUUUCCACGAAAACGGUCUAGACGCGUACAUUAAACUCAUGGUGGAGAAGGAGAAAGAAGUCUUGGGAAAGGGACCAGCUUUUGAGUUUGUUAAAUCUGCUCUAGCUGUCAACGAUCAUAUCCGACAACUCGACAAAGAUGACGACGAGCUGUUUGACAUCGUGAUCGUGAGCCGUAACCAUGCACAGGCAGGGAGCCGAAUUAUUAACUCUAUCAACCAUUAUGGUCUCUGUCUUGAGCGAUUGUCUUUAGCUGGAGGGACAGACCCUAACACAUACCUGGGUGCCUGGAACACAGACCUGUUCCUGUCUCCAGAUGAAAAAGAUGCUAGGAGUGCCAUUGAAGCAGGUUUCCCAGCGGCAGUGGUUUACAAGUACAAUGGUGAUCAUAAAGACCUUCCUAAAGACCAACUCCGGAUCGUGUUUGACGGAGACGCGGUUCUGUUCUCGGACGAGUCAGAGCGAGUGUUCAAGGAGAAAGGGCUUGCAGGGUUUCAGCAAAACGAAGAACAGAAAGCAGGCAUUCCAUUGGGCGAGGGUCCAAUGAAAACCUUUGCCAGCAGAAUUGCACAAAUCCAGGAGAAGUUUCACAAAGCAAACAAACCUAACCCUAUCCGCACGUAUCUUGUAACGGCCAGAUCGGGGGCCAGUGCUGGUCAACGUACGCUCAUCACCCUUCGUGAUUGGGGUCUGAAAAUUGAUGAGUGUCAUUACAAAUCAGGGGCCAGCAAGACAGCCAUUUUGAAGGCAAUCCGGCCGCAUCUGUUCUUGGAUGACUCCCAGUCUCACAUCGAUGCAGCUCUGAAAGGAGGAAUCCCUGCUGCAAAGGUCCCCUAUGGCAUCAAUUAUGAAAACCAGAAGCCAGUGGGGAACAAAAAGCGCGACGGAGAUCCGGUCGAAGGCGAAGAUGCUAAAGGUACAAUGAAGGGAUACUAUCAUGUUACAAAAAAGGCUAAGUCUGGAAAGUGAUAGGGGAUUCAUGUGAUUACAGUAAAUGAAAGAUAGUAGAUGUCUAACUUAACUAUGAGCUUAUUGGCUCCCUAUUGUUAAAUGCCUUUUCAGAGUAUUGUGUUGACAGCUAUAUUUGAAAAGCACUGAAAUUAUGUUUGUUUUACUAACCAUUUUAUGUUUUCCAUUCUACAAUGCUUUCAAAGGAGUUGCAGACUACAUGUCAACUUCUAAGUCAAAUUAACUAUGCAAUGAUGCAUACUAGCAACUCGCCAACAUAUAAUGCUCACAUUUUGUUCCACACACUUAAGAAAUAGUCAAUAUAUUUAGCUUUUUAAAAAAAAAGGUAGAGCGACCUUUAUACUUUCGUCACAUAGAUGUUACAAGCAUUUAAAGAUAUAUAGACUUGAUUGUCAAGAAUAUUACAUGUUCAUAUCUAGUGGUGUGUACCUAAAACCCGGAGCUGGAAUUGGAUUAAUGUAAAAACGUUUAGGGCCAAGUCCA